UAGAGAAUAAGUGUGUUUAGAGGAGAUUUAUUUGAGAAUAUUAGAAGAUUAGUAGUGUGGCAAGAGAGAAUAGAGAAUGAGAGACUAAAACUCCAUUGAUUUCAUUAAUGGUGCGAGUACAAGAUAUAUAUAUAUAGGUUUAUCUUUUUUAGGGCAACCAAAAACUCACAGAGAUACUGUUUACGGAAUUGAUGCAUUUCACUGCACUUCAUUGCACUUCUCUCAACUCAAUGCAUCCUUCUUCAUUUCAUCUUCAUAUCUUCAUGUCAAUAUUUAUUAUUUCAACUCAACAAAUAAGACACUUGAAACCAUCUGUAUAUGCAAUUCCUUCUUAUGGAAACAGUGUUUGAUAUCAAAGAGCCUGCAAUGACAUAACUAAGUCAAGAAUUGUGUGAAACUCCUCCAGUGAAGCUUCUUCAUUACUUGGGUUGUUUUGUUACCAACACAAAUAUAGUGACUAAUCUGGCUAAUAUUUGUUAAAACUAGGAGCCUUUUUUUAUUUUGUUAAAAUUAGGAGCCUAUUUGCAAAUAAUUUACUUUUAUUUAUCUAUGGGCCUAAACUUUAUUGCCAACAGCCCAGGCCCAUGUUUGAAUGCGCGCGCUACUUCCUGCCAUGGCGCCAAAUCCGGUCUCGACUUGUCGUUUCUCAACCUGGCUUUUCGUCUCUUGUACACCACCUGUUCGAUGAUAUGUCUUAAAGAAACCUCGUCCUGAUUCAUUCGCCUCACUAGUUGCGAGCCUUCAUCACGGUACGUCAUCGAAUUGCUUGAAAGAGUAUCGUCUUGAGUGAGCUUGAUACAGCGAUUUGUAACUGAAUUGCUCUGUUGGUGUCAGAUUCUUUGGAUUUUGGUUUGUUAAAGCUUGAAGAUAAGAUUUUGACGAUGAGUUGUACUGUUUGGUGGGAAGGAGCUGAGAAGACACGAGUUCUCAUUGCCUCAGAUUCAGGUUGUGGGGGAAACAAACCCGGAGAACUGUUGACACUUCGCCAUCCAAAAUCAGAAAAUGGAACAUGCUACCUUUUUAGUAAUGAGAUGCUUCAAGAAAUUCAAUGGUUUAAGCAAUCAUAUGGUUCUUGGUUCCUGGGAGAUUACAUUUCUCAAGAUGGAAGCUUAUAUAUGGCUACUCCCAUUGAUCCUGUUUUCAUCUUGUUGCCUAUUUUCGACGAGGCAAGAAUGAAGAAAGGUGAAGAUCCUGGAAAGUUCAGACAACUGGAUGAGAUUUUGUUUGUGGAAGGAUAUCCUGAAUAUCAACAUUUGCUGCCACUUGCGGAGAAGAGUAUGCAGAUCGUUUGUCAGACUCAAGAGGUUGGGUCUAUGAAGUUCUAUCGGCUUGAUAACUCGAAAGUCUUAGCUUGGUUAACUUGUAAGGUAAGCUGUUUAAAGAAGACUCUUCCGGAACUGGACAAGAACUAUGCAGCUCAAGGCGAGAAGCAAACAUUGGUGGAUGCAGUUUCAAUUGUGGGUGAAUACCUGAAGACAGAGCCUUGGUUGAAGCUCCUCUACGAUCAUCUUGGACUCGAGUUUGUUGACCCAACGAUGAAAGAAACCAAUACAGAGAAUCUUCCAAAUGCAAAUGAGAACAAGAUGGAAUACUCAAAUUCAUCACAGGAGAAGGCAAAUAAGAAGACAGGAAAGCCUGGGAAGCAGACAAAGCAAGCAAAGGUAGAGACUGGAUCAAAGAACAUAAGAGAUAUGUUUUCAAGGGCUUGUAAGAAAAAAUGCUGAAAUGUUCGAAACUAUCCAACUAUUUAUGAUUUUUCUUUUCAGCUACGGAAUGAUCUUUGCUUAGUGUUGCUUAUUAGCUGAACUAUGUAUGUCUUUCUGGUACAAGAAUCUGCUAAUUUUUGUAAGAAUUCACGACAAAAAUGGAAAUAGAGAUACAAGUAUAGACCA